UUAUGCUAUGCUAAUGAAGUUAAGUUAUGCUAUGCUAAAUGCUAUUAUGAUGUUAAUAAAGGUGAGGCUGUACAGAAUGCCCAGCCUCUUUAUUUUUUUCCACCAACUGUACCGUAAACGUACUGAAAACCUACCAAACUUUCAGUAACCUAACACCCCUAGUUCUUAUACUUACACCUGUAAACUUUGGCCUGAAUAGCCACCCACUGCUGAUGAGGAAACUGCCUUCAAUACCGAAACCACUGCAUUCUGACGGACAGAGGCUGCCUCUUUUGCUUCACCUAAAUGAGUUCUUGUGUGCUCCGGUCUGCAUGGAUACUUCUGCUUUGCAUUUCAAGUGUGCAGACAGAAAACACUGUACAGAGCACAACUUCAGCUCAUGUUGUUCAUCUUGGAAAAACAGCCACCAUUAACUGUGAUUACAACAAAACAAGUGAAAAGGAAACUUUUAGAGUAUAUUUACGCAGAGAACAGUUACUGUGCUCAUAUUUUCAUCAGCUGAAAUCCUGGAGGAAACAAUCAUGUAAAGAGAACAUCAGAUUGAUCUGGAUUCCAGAAACAGAAGAAGUAUCAUUUGAGCUGGUAAAUCUUCAGAUUAAUGAUACUGGUGUUUACACGUGUGCUGUGGAGAGACUUACACCCCCUCCUGUGCAGACUCUUGGAAAUCAGAGAACAUCGCUUCAUGUGAUCGCUCAUCCAGCAGUGUUUGUGUCGUGUGUGAGGGGGUCCAAUGGAGUUUCUGCAAUACUCUGCGCUUCUGAGGGGUUUUAUCCUGCUGCUGUAGAGCAGGCCUGGAUCAGAGAUGGAGAAUUUAUCACCUACCUCAACAUUUCAAACACAUUCACACACACAAAGCACCUGAACACUUCUGCUGUUCACUAUAACUCCAGCAUCAACCCAGAUGGAACUCACAGCCUCUCCUUGUAUCUUCACCUGCUGACACUCACACCUGAACAGGUGAUCUACAGCUGCUGGGUGAAUCACUCCUCCCUCAGCCAGCCAAUCACCGUCAACAUAUCUUCCACCGAGUGCUCUGAGAAAGAAGAUGUUUGGACAGGUGUGAUUUUUAUAUCGGUGGUAAUCAGCUUUGGUGUAUUAAUCGUCAUCCUUCUGACCCUUGAAGUUCAGUCUUUGCUUCAGUAA